AUGCCGCUUGUAGAAAACCCUCAACUGCUCUUCAAUCAAACGAGUUUACCGUCAGACAGAGAGACAUUCAUAAAGAAAGAAGAAUGCUAUUUCACCGUCAUGCUUUGUGGAAGCUCGGGAACCGGCAAAACCACUUUCUGCAAUAAUUUGUUUUCUAGCUUGGUAAAGCCACCCAAGUCGGUUGAUAACUUCAAAAAGGUGCACAAGCAGAAGGAAGUCCAUAUAGAUAAGACGAAAGCUACUAUUGAAGAAGAUGACUUUCGACUUAACCUGACGGUCCUCGAUACCGUAGGCUUUGGGGACUUUAUAAACAACAAGGAUUGCUGGGAAGUAGUAGCUGACUACUUAGAUGACCAGCAUGAAAAAUAUCUAUUACAUGACCAACAAUCAUUAAGGAUGCAAAGAAAGGACAACAGAGUCCAUGUUUGUCUAUAUUUCAUAAAACCAGUUCCUUAUGGCAUGCUACCCUUAGACGUCGUAGCGAUGAAAAAGCUAUCGAAGCAUGUAAACAUUAUCCCGGUCAUCGCUAAAGCAGACUCUUUAACCAAAUUUGAAUUGGACAGCCUUAAAGAAAAAAUGAACAAGAUCCUACACGCUCAAAACAUUAGUUUAUUUUUCCCUUCAGCAGUAUACUCUGCUGACGAAAUCGCGAGAGAUCUUUCUCAGGCCUGCCCAUUCGCAAUCGUUGCAAGUAUGGACGCUAUAAACGAUGAGAAUGAAGGUAAAAUCGGUCGCAAAUAUCCUUGGGGAAUGUCAGAAAUCGAAAACGAGGAUCACGGUGACUUUUUAAAAUUGAAAAACCUCAUGAUAAAUAAUCAUAUGCUUGAAUUAAUACAAUCCACAGAGCAAGUGAUUUAUGAACGCUAUCGUCAGGAGCAAUUGAUAAAUAGAAAAAGUGGCAUACCGAAGCUUAGAAAAGCACAUUACGAACGCUUAAACGAGGAAAAAGCACUUAUUCAGAAGAAGCUUGAAGAAAAGUCGGUAGAACUCGAGAAUACAUUUAAGGAGAGAGAAGAAAAACUUACAGUUGUUCGCGAUGAUUUAAACGAUGAACUAGCUGAAUAUCACGACAAAGUGCGCAUUCUUGAAACUCAACUAGAUGCACUCCGGAACUAUAAGGGAUUGAAUCAAAAGAAAUAA